AUGCCCUUCUCCGUCUGCGUCAAGGAUCGGAUGAUGUACUCCCACACCUUCACAUUCGACGACGGCGUACCCUUUACGACCGGCUGCACCGCAGUCGUGACCGCCACCUUUGAAGGCGCGGCGCUCGGGCCUUACGACAUCCUCAUCGACAUCCUCGUCGCGCAGAGGCUUCUGCGGGAGGUCAUGGAACUUUACGACCACAAGAACCUGGACGCACUGCAGGA